AUGAAAGACUUACACCUCGUUGGGAAUAAGGCGAUAGGAAAACAAUUACGUCUGCUUAGGGGACAGGGGAAUACACUACUUGCCCCUGCUGACGACUCUUGUUGCGCUGAGAGGGUGAGUGCGGCAGAGAAGCCGCCGACGCGCGCAGCCCGCCCACGGCGUGUUGCUGCUGGAGCUGCGGCUGUUGCUGAAAAUAAUCCCCCAGUAUUUCUGCCCGGUGUUUCACCCGUUUGUCCAUCGGCAACAGAAACAGCAGCGACGUCACCUUCUACUGCUCGAGCACUUCUGACAUUGUCUGCCUCUCAUACAGCCCCCUCCUCCUUUCCCCCGCCCACCCCCCUCCCCUCUCUCGCGCCUUCACUCUCUGCAACAGCAGCCGCAGACACCAAAGAGCGGUACCUGCAGUUACUGCUGACCUCUCUGGUGCUUCUGAGGGAUGCCGUCGAGACACAGGAUACCCGGUACACGCUGCGCAUGCUGCGACGCUUCAAGCAGCUACGGCUUCAGCAGCAGCAGUGCCCCGUGGAGCUGCUGCAGGUUUGCUCCCUGCUCUUCUGGAAGCAGCAACAACUGGUGCAGCAACUGCAGGAAAGAGAGGCCAGCGGUAAUUGCAAGGCAAGGAGUAGCACAUCUAGCGGCAACUCGUACGCGCACUUAAGCCACCUGCCCCCCAACACGCUUGCUUUCUGGCAGAAGCUGCAGGAAGCUCUUGAGCUAAUUGUGAAGGAAAGGCAGAGCAAGGAGGCAGACAUGGAAACGGACGGCGUCCCUCAGCAGCAGAAACGGUGUCUAGAAGGUGAAGAGACAGCAGAAGAGACGGAUGCGGCAGCUGGAGGCGGCUGCAGCAAAGCGCUGCAAGCUUUUCGCGCGGCAUCUUUCCUCUGCUGUCUCCCGGAGGCAGAGGUGUUACUGUCGACUCUCGUGCUGCUGCUGCUGUUAGACCACCGUCCUCAGCAGCAGCAGCAGCAGCAGCAGCAGUGGGAACAGGCGUGGCAGUUCAGCUGCAUCCUCAUCGAGCGAGUGCAACAACAUGACAGGCGGUCACUUGACAGACUAGCUGCCAAGGCGUGGUUCUUCCAUAGCAGAUCUCUCGAGCUUUCAGGGCAAGCCUGCGAUUGCCGCGCGGAGUACCUUGCUGCCUACCGCACGGCGAGUGCUAGGCGAGACAUCAUGACGCAGGCCACCCUUCUGAACUUAUUGCUGCGGCUGUUUGUUUCCAACAAACAAUAUGACGUGGCUCUAAAACUGGUGCAGAAAACAGGCUUCCCGGAGGGCCUUCAGUCAAAUGCACAACAUGCGCGUUAUCUGUACUACCUGGGUCAAAUCCAGGCAGCUCGUUUGGAGUAUGGGGCAGCCUUCUCGCAUUUGCAGCUUGCCUUGCGCAAGGCUCCGCAGCAGUCAGCAGUAGCCAGGGGAUUUAGACUGGCGGCCCUCAAGAAAUGCAUCGUCGUUGAGCUGCUUAUGGGGGAUAUUCCUGAGCGUUCGCUCUUCAAUAAGCAAAACAUGCACGCAGAGCUUGUCCCCUACAGAGACAUCGUACUGGCCGUGCGAAGCGGUGAUCUGCAUGCGUUCGCUGCAGUGCUUCAGCAGCACGAGCAACGCUUUAGGCUAGACGACACGUACACUCUACUUCGCAGGCUGCAUCAGAACGUCAUUCGGGCCGGGCUGCGAAUAAUUUCCCUCUCCUACUCGAGAAUUUACUUCAAGGACAUCGCUUUAAAGCUGGGACUGGAUUCGCCUCAAGAGGCAGAGGCUGUGUCUGCCAAGGCUAUCUUGGAUAGAGUUAUUGACGCUACUAUAAACCAUGACAAACAGUUUCUUGAGUCUAAAGCAAGUGUUGACCUGUACGCCUCCAACGAGCCACAGAAGGCCUUCCACCGUCGCAUAACCUUUUGCCUGGAUCUGUACAAUGACGCUGUCAAGGCUAUGCAGUAUCCAGGCAGCUCGGAGCGCCAACAGACGGCGGAGGACGAUGAAAGGAAGCGAGCCAUGCAGGAGGAAAGAGCCAGAGCGGAGGAUGAUGACCUUGGGGACGAUAUGGACAUGAUCUAA